GUGACGUGCUUUCCCGUCCCAACCCUAAAAUCGAUCUCCCCUCGCCGCCGUGACCAGUGACCCUCGCCGCCGCCAUCACCAGCGACCCUCGGCAACGAUGGCUCUACUUAUGAGGCUCGCUAAGGCUGGCAGGCUCAUCUGUCUGUCCCGAUCUACGCCGUCGCAGGGCGUUCCUCGGCACGUGGUCGCGUUUUCGUCCUCAUCAGGAGAUGAGCCUGCCCCAGUCGACCCCAAAAUUGGAGCAAAGGAAUCGCGUGCUGCAACUGGCCCCAACAUUGGGGGGGACUAUCCGACUGGUGCUAUCGGUCCAAUUGGUUCUGAUGGGCUACCGACAUAUGUGGAUUGGGUGAAGUUCGGCGCUGUCACACCCCUGCAAAACCAGGGCGAAUGUGGUAGUUGUUUCAGCUUUUCAGCUGCCGCUUCACUGGAGGGUCUCCACUUCAUUCAAACAGGACAGCUAUUCAAACUCUCGGAGCAGCAUAUUUUGGAUGGCAGCCAUCUGCGGAAUCAUGGAUGUGAAGGUGGUUCGGCAUAUGAGGCCCUGCUCUACAUCAAAAGGAAUGGAGGGAUUGUGUUUUCAGAUCACUACCCAUACAUAGGAAAGCAGUGUGUUCCCAAGAAACUGACUGCGCCUGGCUUGAUGAUAGAUGACGCUGUGAACUACACAAGCAUUUCAGAACAUGUUCUGAAGUGGCAGGUGGCUCAUCAGCCUGUCUGUGCAACAAUCGGGGCAGAUGACGAGUUCUAUGCAGAUGUGAAGGCUGGCGUGCUUGUCUUGGAAGGACCCAACUUCCCCCUGUCUGAAAUUUAUGACAGGGAAAUUGCACAUUCAAUUGCUAUUGUUGGUUAUGGAGCAGUCAAUCCUGGUGGCCGACAAGUUUGGCUGGCCAAGUGCUCAAAUGGCAAUUUCCUGUUGAUAGACAGAGGCAGUGGGGCUUUGGGCAUCAAUAGAAGCAUCUCAUUUCCCAUAAGAGUGUCGUGCACGCGAGAGGUCAUCAAUGUUACAGUGAAAUCUGACGAGGAGCUGGGGGCAGAACCGCGUACCAACUUAUACCCUUACUAGUGAUAUCAUCUUGUACUUAUAUAUGUCACUAUCUGAGUACUUUGUAUUGAUGGCAGAUACUACUUAUGUAGUAAUUUAAUCUUGGUACUUGUCUCAGUAAUGAUUAGUGUGCUGAGGGUGUAUCUAUGUCACUAGGUACUUGUGUACUUCUCACAGAUUCUACUUACUACUAUGUAGUAAUCCAAUUUUGAUA